CACACACCACACACUCCUCAAGGAAUCGUGUUUUCGCGGCCGCCCGGCGCCAGUCCCUCUCAGCACCCAGCAUGUAGGGGCCGGGCGGCUGCCAUGAACUCCGGAGCCAUGAGGAUCCACAGCAAAGGACAUUUCCAGGCAGGUGGAAUCCAAGUCAAAAAUGAAAAAAACAGAUCAUCCUUGAAAUCUCUGAAAACUGAUAAACCGGAAAAACCCAAACAUAAACCACUUUGGGGAAAAGUAUUUUACAUUGAUGUGCCUUCCAUUGCCCUAUCGGAGAAACUGCAAAAGGACAUUAAGGAUCUGGGAGGGAGAGUGGAAGAAUUUCUCAGCAAAGAUAUUAGUUAUCUUAUUUCAAAUAAAAAGGAAGCUAAAUUUGCACAAACCUUGGGUCGAAUUUCUCCUGUACCGAGUCCAGAAUCUGCAUAUACUGCAGAAACUACUUCACCUCAUCCUAGCCAUGAUGGAAGCUCAGUCAAGCCUCCAGAUUCAAUGUGUUUGAGCAGAGGAAAAUUACUAGUUGAAAAAGCUAUCAAGGACCAUGAUUUAAUUCCUUCAAAUAGUAUAUUAUCAAAUGCCUUAUCAUGGGGAGUAAAAAUACUUCAUACUGAUGACAUUAGAUACUACAUUGAGCAGAAGAAAAAAGAAUUGUACUUACUCAAAAAAUCAAGCACUUCUGUUAGAGAUGUGGGGAAAAGAAUAAGUAUUGGCACACAGAAAGCAAGAACAGGUAGACUGAAAAAACCUUUUGUAAAGGUGGAAGAUGUGAGCCAACUUUACAGACCAUUUUAUCUUCAGCUGGCCAAUGUGCCUAUUAUAAAUUACUCUAUUCAGAAGCCCGCCAGUCCAUUUGAUGUAGAUAAGCCAUCUAGUUCCCAAAAGCAAACUCAGGUUAAACUAAGAAUCCAAGCAGAUGCUGAAAAAUGCAGUGGAAUCCCGGUUCAGCUUCAACUGAAAGAGAAGAAGAAAAAAGGAUACUGUGAAUGUUGCUUACAGAAAUAUGAAGAUCUUGAAACUCAUCUUCUCAGUGAGCAGCACAGAAACUUUGCACAGAGUAAUAACUAUCAAAUUGUUGAUGAUAUUGUAUCUAAGUUAGUUUUUGACUUUGUGGAAUAUGAAAGGGACAUGCCUAAGAAGAAAAGAAUAAAGUACAGUGCUGGAUCUCUUUCUUCCGUUACUGCAAAUGUCCUGAAAAAGACUGAACCAAAAGAAAAGCUAGAACUGCAGCAUAUUUCUCAGAAAGACUUCAGGGAGAAUAAUGUACAGGUGAUCGAACAGAGUUUCUUAAACAAAGAAACCCAGGAACCUGAACAAAAGUUUGUGUUUAUUUCAGAGCCCAUUCCCUGCCCUGCAAGCGGAUUGAGAGGCCUUCAUGAGAAAACAACUAAUAAACAUACUGUGUUAAGUCCAGCUGAAGAUGAUAUAAAGCAAAAUCUUACACAUCUACCUCAAGAUACAAGUAAACAGGAACGUAUUCUUGACAUUUCUGAGCAAUUAAUAAUAAAUGAAAAUGACUUUGAAGAACUUAAUGUUGAUCGCUGUCAUUGUACGCUACAAACAUCUGUACAAAUAUCUAAUUUCCAUACAGACAAUAGUGCAUCUCAACGGAAACAGAAGUCUGAUGCUGUGCUUUAUCCAGCAAAUGAUAUGAAGGAGAAAGACCUUCAUUCAAUAUGUGGUCAUGAUUCUGAUUUGUGGACAAUAAAGGGUCCACAUGAGCACCUAAGAAGUCAUGUAAAUACUCCGCCCCAGAUUCCCGAGGAACUUAAUGAAUGUGAUGUCAAGAAUAUGGAUGGUCUAACUUGUAGUAGAAUCCAUCGAAAAGUAAAAAUAUUAUUAGGAAGAAAUAAAAAAGAAAAUCUUGAACCAAAUGUGGAAUUAGAUAAGAACAGAACUGAGUUCAUUACACAAGAAAAAAGCAUAAUUUGUAGUUCUCCAGUACAGUCUCUACUGGAUGUAUUUCAGACAAGUGAAGAGAAGUCAGAAUUCUUGGGUUUCACAAGCUACACUGAAAACAGUGGUGUAUGUGAUGUUUUAGAUAUUUGGGAAGAGGAAGAUUCAGACAAUCUCUUAUCAAUGUUUUUAUCUUCUCCUUCAACGUCUACAUUUACAGGCUUUUAGAUCUCAAAAAUACCUUUUAAAUAUGUUGAUUAUAUUUUUGGAUUUUUUUAUAAAUGUAUAACAAAAUUUCCAAUUUUGUUUACAGAAAUGAACGUAAAUAAUAAAGGUGGUAUUUGCAUUUUUCAACAGAAUCAAAUAUCCAUUAUAGAAAAGUUAUAGAACAAACUUGUGACCUAUCUUAUUUUACAUGCCAUGUUCAUAAUUAUUUACUAAGAAUUAUUAUGAGUAAUAAGUUGGCUUUAUGUCACUAAAAAUAAUUUCAAGUGAAAAUUUGAAUAUAAACAUUUAGCAUUAUUUAUACUAUUAAGUUUCCACAAUGACAGGACUUUUGACAUAAAUUUCAUGAAUGACAAGUUUUAUACAGAAAAAAUAAUUUGCAUUCUAAAAAUUGUUUUCUAGAAAUAUUGGCACUUGAAGGUGUCCUAAUUGGACCAUGAUAAUACAUCAGUACUGAGGAGUUAGGCUCUUUGUUAGGGAUAAUUAGAAUGCAUGAGGAAGAAAACCAAGCUGCCACAUGAAAUAAAAUAUU